AUGGCUGGUCAGGACUGGUUUCAUCGGUUUAUGAAAAGAAAUAAGGAAUUAACUAUUCGAAAACCAGAAGGAUUAUCAAGAGCCAGGAUUGAUGGCAUGAAAAGGGAAAAAGUGACAGAAUUCUACAAGAUUUUGGAGACAGUAAUAGAUAAAAAUAAUUUAAGAGGAAGACCUGAAUGCGUGUACAAUGUGGACGAAACAGGGAUUCCACUUAAUAAUCGACCACCAAACAUUAUAGCUCAAAAAGGUGCAAAAGAUGUUGUCAGUGUCACAAAUGUUGAACGUGGCGAAAAUGUAACCGUCUUAGCUUGUAUGAAUGCAACAGGUCAGUACAUACCGCCAUUUGUUCUGUUUAAGGGUGUGCGCAAACGCGAUGAUUUUCUUGUGGGUAUGCCGCCCGGUACUGAAAUUGUUAUGACAGAAAAGGGAUGGAUAAAUGAAGAAGCUUUUCGUGUAUGGUUGCAACAUUUUAAUCGCUACCGUACCCAAGGAAAAGUUAUACUCAUCUUGGAUGGACAUGCGUCUCACACGACCUACUCAGUGGUAGACUUAUGUGAAACUUUAGAUAUUGAGCUUGUUCUCCUCCCACCACACACAUCGCAUGCUCUCCAACCUCUCGAUGUAUCAUUUUUCAAACCGCUCAAAUCAUACUACCAUCAACAAGCUACAUCAUGGCAACAUGCACAUCCAAAUCAAGGGAUCACAAAGGUUGUUUUUGGAGGGAUUUUUAAACAGGCUUGGAACCAGGCUGCCACCGUUGGAAAUGCUGUAAAGGGGUUUGAAAAGACUGGAAUAUUUCCACUAAAUGCUAAUGCAAUCCCUGACCACAAGUUUAUUGGUGAACAAGGGUUAGAUAUUGUGGAGAACCAAUUAAAAUCUCCUAGUAUACAAGAAGUGCAAUCUAGUACCGAACCAGUACAGCCAGAACUAGCUACAAAUAUAGAACCGUUGCCAUCUACCAGUUCUCAACAGCCUACUACAGCACAAUCACCCGGCACUUCUGAAAUUAUUAAAGAAAUUCUUCCCUCACCCUUUAAGACACCACCAGCCCCAGUUAAGAAACGAAAAACUACAAAACCAAUUUUGCAUUUGACAUCAUUGCAAAGUAAGAUCAAUCUUCAGCAAAAAGAAAGACUGAAAAGACUUAAGACUGACAAAGAAGCUGUGGAAGAUAAGGAAAAUACUUCGGAUUAUAGAGAAAAUAUUAAGAAAAAGAAAAAUAAAAGUACACCGAAGACCAAAGUUAAGGGUUCAUCUGCAAGACAGAGAAAUUGGCAUUGCAUUUACUGCUCAGAAGUAUUCAUUCAUCCACCGUCAGAGGAUUGGAUUCAGUGCCAUGCAUGCGAAGAAUGGUGCCAUGAGAAAUGUGCUGAUACGGGAGGGAAAAAAGGCCCGUACAUAUGUGAUUUAUGUGUUCAAAAUUAA